GACUUCUCUGAAGAGGUGGGACGGAGAACACAAGGAAGAUGCGUGGAACCACCUCUAUCGGUGUGACCAGUAAUAUCUAUUGCGCUCGUCCUGUUAUUUCCUCUGUUGUUCGGUGGACCCGCCAUGAUAAGUGCCGGGGGUCGUAAAUAUUGAUCUAAGUAGCGCCAGAGGUGUUGUUGCAUUCGGACAACAGCAGCUACUGUAUGACCCGCACUACAUUCUUGUUGGCAUCAUGGGUCAAUCGCUGAUAAAAGUGUGUGAGGAACCGCUGAAGCUGUGCGAGAUCGACCCGACGUCGUUCUACCAGAGCAAUGGUGGGGACGCCGACCUCGGCGACUGCCAGCUGAAAAUUCGGGAUUUCCAGUCCGGAAAGGUGCUGAAGUUCGGGCAACUGCAGGUUUUCCACUCCGAAAACUUCUCGAAGCGCUUCAGCAUCCACAAGCGGCGCACGAUAGAGAAGACGCAGGGCAAGGCCAGAAGACGGAACAAUAAGGACUACACGGAUGCUAUGGAGGUGUCAGGAUUGAAAUCGUCAAAGUUGAAAUAGUUUGCGACGCAUAAAAUGGAUGGCAAUUGGAAGCCCAAUUUCUAAGCGGUGCAUGACAAACCUCGGCACUGUCUAAAUUCAGUUUCUUAUGCUGUUUAGAGACAGACGGCGUCUUUUGUCAUGCUACUUCAGCAGCUCUAAUGCAGACCCCAAACAGGCUUACAGUCGGCCUCACUUGCCAUCCCUGCAAGAGAGGCACUUCAUGCGUUGCAAUUUCUGCAUGAGAAAUUAUUUCAACUGUGACGAUUUCAAUCCUGACACAUCCAUAGAUGCGCCGACAGUGACGGUCGGCGGGCUGAUGUCCUCACCCAUGCGAACCGACUGGGGAGGAACAACAUCAAUCAACCAAGCCACGUCGCAGACAGUCACAGCCGGGCGGACCGUCUACUCGCCGUUGUGGGAUCUGUACCCGUGGCGCGAAGCGUACCGCUUCCGUUCCAAAAAGACCUGGGUGGGGCGCGCGAACGAUGGUAACACGUACUUGAUAAGCGUUAGCACACACAUCGACGACCGCGUUCCGGAUAAAACAGCCGAGGAUAUUGAAGACAUCGCGCGGGCGCAAGCUUACGCGGCGAAAUUUAACGAGAAAUUUUCCGCUUCGAGUUCAUCGUCACGCUCACCCAUGGGCGGAGGCGGGGACGACCAGCCGAAGUUUCUGUUCAACGAGGACCCUUUAUUUUUCGGUGGUGCGACGACACCGCGCGGCGGUUCAGCGCCGGUCGUGUACGACCUAAAUCGGAAGGAUUUUUACGAUAAGCACGGCGCCGGAGCCCCGCAAACUAACCUGCAGGUGCAGAUUGUUCGCACGAACCAGUGCGAAGUCUUGGACAGCCAGAUGUCGGCGCUAAUUCAGGUGGGCGACAGUGCCUUGCUGACACAACUGCCGCACGCGUUUGUCGAGGCCAUGAGCGCAAACUCGCCGACGGGCGGCGGUUUGGAGGUGGACAAGUUCCUGUUCGACGGCGGUGAGCACUUCUGCGAGCUCGCGCACACGUUCUUCCACUUCGUCUUCUACAUCUCCGGUGGCAAGGAGAUGGUGACCGACAUGCAGGGGGUCAUCAGUAUCAGAAUAGAAUUCUUGAGGGAACGAAUAUUAUUUUUGCGCCCAUAGUGAACGAAGAUACAGGUCGUACUUUUUUGCAUAGGGACUCUCUUCUAUCAUGCGAAUCAAGUUGUACUAGCGGCAGCGAUCACAGAAAUUGUCUGAAUGAAGAUUAUGUUGGGGAUCACAUACAACUAGAAGGCUUGCCGAGCACGCAGUCCUCUGCCGCAAGAGGUUGUGGAGUCGAUUGUAGGCUGCGCAAAAAUAAGGGAAAUUCUCAGUGUGAUAAAGGCGGAGUCUGACACCGGCGUUCAGCAGCUGAUGCUUCUCGACCCGGUCGUGCUACGAAGCAGUGCUUUCGCUGGUAUGACAAAAAUGAUAAACUUUUUUGACAAGUGGAACCCAGGUAGGAUAGAUACUUCACAGCACUCAACAUUUGUAUAAACGAACAGCGGACUACCACUACUACAGCCUGGUAGUAGAUUCGUAUAGCAAUGCCUGCGCAUUGGAUUCAACAAGCCAUUUACAGGUGCCGGUUCCUUCGUACCGCCGGAUGACCUGAACCAGCUCUUCGAAGUAUGACAGCAAAAGUGAGAGCAAUUUAUCACUGCCAGCUCCUUUUCCUAAUUGCAAGAGAAGCAUGAGACAACUUCACUCAAAUCUUCAACCGUAGGGAAAGUUUUCCUUGCCUAUUCCCCUUGUCUAUGAAAAGUGAUAAAUUGCAGCCAAUUUACUGUAUGUUCCAUAAGAGCACCUCUACCCCCGGACAACGCGGUCAGCCCAGUCGUUCGAUCCCCAGUACGCGUCGCAAAUUUUUGUGCUUCCGCAGCUUUUGUGGUGGUGUUCGUGGUCCCCUUUGCAUAGUACAAAAAAAUAAAUCUUGUGUAGCAUAACAAAAGGCAUAGCAAGUGCAAGAGAAGCAAUUAGGUAUUGCUCGUUUUGCAACAAUGCAUAUUGCGCCAUGCGCGGCGUUGGCAUUCUUUGCGCCAUGCAUCGAUAGGAAUGAACUUGCACAGCGGAAAAAUUAUCAGGAGUCCACGACCGAUGCUGCGGGGGCACAAGUGUCGUUUUUGAUACCCAGCGCACUGCGUACAGCAGAAAACAGGUUUGCGGAAUAAGCUGCUACUGA